UCGCCACUCUCCUCCGCGCAGUCGCGGCCGGAGCGGCCAGGCGGCAGUCGCUCGGGAACGGCGGGAGGUCGAGGGGUGGAAGACUGUCGCCAGGGAUGCUGCAAAGCGCCCCGCCAUGCAGCCGGCCGAGAUCCAGUUCGCCCAGCGUCUGGCGUCCCACGAGAAGGGCAUCCGGGACCGGGCGGUGAGGAAGCUGCGCCAGUACAUCAGCGUGAAGACUCAGAGGGAGACAGGAGGUUUCAGUCAAGAAGAACUUCUAAAAAUAUGGAAAGGACUCUUCUAUUGCAUGUGGGUGCAGGACGAGCCCCCUCUGCAGGAGGAGCUAGCCAACACGAUCUCCCAGCUCGUCCAUGCUGUGAACAACCCAGAGGCCCAGCGCCUGUUCCUUCGGACCUUCUGGCAGACCAUGAACCGAGAGUGGACGGGGAUUGACAGGCUGCGCCUGGACAGGUUCUACAUGCUGAUCCGUCUGGUCCUGAGAGAGUGCUUUGAAGUUCUGAAGCAGACCGGCUGGGAAGAAAGCCGGGUCCAGCUUCUUCUCGAUGUCUUGAUGAAGGAAGUCUUGCACCCUGAGAGUCAGUCUCCCGAUGCAGUGAAAUUCCACUUCAUUGACAUUUAUCUGGAUGAACUGUCCAAAGUAGGAGGAAAAGAGCUUUUGGCAGAUCAGAAUCUCAAGUUUAUUGAUCCAUUCUGCAGAAUUGCUGCCAAGACUAAGGACCAUGCACUGGUGCAGACUAUAGCUAGGGGUGUUUUUGAAGUCAUUGUAGAUCAGUCUCCUUUUGUACCUGAAGCGGCAGUGGAGGAACUGCACACUAAAGUGGGCGACGGCCACCUCUCUGAAGGAGAGAGAGCCGGAGAGGAGGUGACGUGGAGAGGAACAUUCAGGAAACGGAAGACAGCACUGGGUAAAUGCUACUCCAGGAAGGACGGAGUCGGCGGUGAAGGCGCGGGAGACGGCGGCGGCAGCGUGGAGGACACUGGGCCGCUUCUCCAGUUUGACUAUAAGGCCAUUGCUGACCGACUCCUAGAAAUGACCAACAGGAAAAAUAUCCCUCCCUUCAACAGGAAACGUCUCUCCAAGCUAAUCAAGAAAUUCCAGGAUCUCUCAGAAGGUGGGAUACCUCGGCUCGGUUUUACCAAGGACUUUUCUACUGAUGAGGAGGACCCAACCUUCAGUCAAGGGAGGCAUAAGAAAAGAGGAAAUAAACCUUUGGGGAAACCAGACGUGGAAAAAGGGAAAGGAAACGAGUUCUUCAUGGCUGAGGGAGAAGAGAGGAAAGGCGGUGUUCAGAAGAGGAAAAGGAAAAAGAAGAAGAACCACCUUCGGCAUGGACACUUAGGGUCAGGGAACGCAGCCGUGCCCGCCCUGCAGAAUGGGGGCAGUGAGCCAGAGGGAGGUCCGGGCAGAGCACAGAAGCCGGGUGUGGCUGAGCCGGGGGCAGGGGCCGCCCCCAGCCCCCAGGAGCAGAGCGGCUCAGAGCGCCCCCCCUCGCACCCUCCCACUCGCAGCAGGAGGAAACGAGCGAGGAAGCGGAGCCCACGGUUCCAAGGACUGACCUUGGAGUCAGCAGCGUCGCCUCUGGAGGACUUGCGUCAAGGAGGCCUCAGCAAUGGUCAUGGUCAGGCACUUGCCUCCCAAGCUUUCCCUGCCAGUGGAGCCCCAGCCCCUAAGAGGAAGAGGAAACCCAAGGCCCCCUGGGUCAAUGGUAGCCCGCCAACGCUAGCCUGGCCCCCGCCACAGGAGGAGGGCCCUGCAGCAAGCCCAGCAGACGGAGAAGAUUGCCCCGCCUCCCUGCCCCCGGGUGGGAGACUGAAGAAAAAGAAGGGGGAGCCCAGCCGUCUUGACCUCUACAAUCCAGGCAUGCAGAAAACUGCCAUCUUCAAAAAGAGGAAGAAAAUGAAGGAGAUGUUGAACUUGGUUGAACACAGCAGAAUAUUGGAAUCUGAACUCAAGCGCGUCCAGACUCUGGGGAGCAGUGGAGCUUUCAGCCCUUUGAAGAAGAAGCUGAGGACUGAGAAUGACUUUGUGAAAUUUGAUACCCCCUUCCUACCAAAGCCCCUGUUCUUCAGAAAAGCUAAGAGCAGCCCUGCCACCUCGGUGACCCCUGCUAUGCAGCUCAACAAAACACCAUCCAGCUCCAAGAAGGUCACCUUCGGGUUGAACAGAAACAUGACUGCGGAAUUCAAGAAGACAGACAAGAGCAUCUUAGUCAGUCCCACGGGUGCCUCCCGAGUGGCCUUCAACCCUGAGCAGAGGCCCCUCCAUGGAGUGCUGAAGACCCCCACCAGCUCCCCCGCCAGUACUCCCCUGGGGACCAAGAAGCCACUGACCGCCACACCAAAGAGAAGACCGACGGCUAUGGACUUCUUCUAGGAGAGUAGGAGAGUCUUAUUAGUAAAGACUGCUUUUGUACAGAAUACUCUAUAAAUUAUAACUUUAUAGGUGGGGUGUUUUCUAUUGCUUUAUGAGUUGUGUGUCCGAGGGUCCGAGUGUGAGCUGUGAUGCUGCUGUGGGCGCCUUGGUUGAAGCUUUUGCUACAUACAUCAUCCGUGCUGCAGCUCCCCAGUAUCCCACAUUUGGGUUCACUCAGUGCCUCCAUGGGCGUGGGAGCCAAGAGCAUGGGAGCCAAGAGCGUGUUGACCGUCACUGCGAGUGGGCACCAUGGGCACGGGGACAGCCCGGAGUUGGACUGGAUCCACAGUGCAGUCACAUUUCCACAUGUGCUCAGCUGGGGGUGGACCAGCGAGUGGGGGCGGGAGAGCAGAGCCCUGUGGCCCGUGUCCUGCCCUGUGACCCUACCUCUCAGCCAACCCAGUGUCCUCACCAGGAGAGCACCACCGGCCCGCUCGCCAGCCCAGGUCGCCGUGCGCCAGCCGCUCUGUACACGGAAGUGUCUGCACCAGCCACCGUGUCACCUGGCAUCACCUGGCACAGAGCAGCUUUCAUCUCAAAGGAAAACUCAGCUCUCCAGGGAGGUGGCUGCAGCGUCUGGAGAGCCCAGCCCCCACUGGAAGGCGGCAGAGCAGCUUUCAGGACUGCGUGGGCAUAUUUAUUUGUUCAUAGCUACCUUGUAUCUGAAAUACUGAGUCUUGCACUUGCAGGUUUUUAUAAAGUCUGAUUUUAGUUAAUCACAAAAAAUUGGGGUAGGGUUGCAGGGAAGGCACACCGACUUGAAUUGGGGAAGCAAAUGAACUUCAAGCAGCCUCACUUGAUCUUUGACCUUGUUUGGAGAAGCUGGGUCUGCCCUGAGCCUGAGAGAGGGAUGGGAUGCUGACUCGGAAAUCGGUGGUCACCUCGGGAAAGCCCCUGGUCGCUGGCUCUCUCUUGAGUUUGCACGAUGACAAAGUGCAGACCUGAAGGAGGAGUCAUACCUGGGGACUCGGUUUUCCCCUCCGGUGCCCAGCACUUCCCAGCCUGCUCUCUGUUCCUGGAUCUCAGGCCUCCCAGGAGUGAAAGUCCCCCACCCCCCAAGCCAGAGCCCCAGUUUCUCACCAAAACCAAGGCCAGCCCCUUUUGCUACUUCCCAGCCAAGGGCCCCAGCGUGUCCUCAGUGGCUCCGGCAGUGGCUUCAAGUGAAGGGCAGCUGUCCGAGAUCACAUCAUCCAGCUGACUGUGGUUUCCGUGAUCACAGAACCAGGGUGGGCUUCAUCUGCACUCUGGAGGUGGGCUGACUUGCCCGCGAAGGAAGGGGAACUGUCCCUUGCCUGCUCUGUGACAAAGUGUCGUCGCAGGCCGGGAGAAAAAGAAACAGCUUUGCGGUGGUGUGGGCGUGUCUCUGUAAUGGAAACCCCGUCCGUGUGGGAGACGGAGACUACGGUGUCGCGGCUGCGUGGCUCCCAUGCGCUGCAUUUGCUGUCGUGCCAGAUCCCAUCGGAGCCAUAACUGAAGUGUGAAAAGAUAAGGUUUGAGUGGCCCAGUGUUUUAAACUUAAAAAGAAAUUCAUCCUUGGUCACAUUAUUUUUCUAACAACUUUUAUUUUAGCUUCAAACAUAGGUCUUAGAGCCAAACGGACCACAUAACCCAACGGUGUUAAGCCGUAGCAAGACAUUCUCACAUGUAGGUGGUGCAUUUGUUCUCGGGGUGCCUGUGGGAGUCUCUCCUCUCGGCUUCUGCACGACCUCUGUCUUCGGAGGCGUCGGCAGGGAAAUGCGCCACCUGCCUGUCAACUUGGAUCUGGAGGCCGUGGGUCCUGGGUCACAUCCGUCCUUCUCUGAAUCCGCCCUCACUUACUCCAUUUUGUGGGUAAGUCCAGUAGCUUGACUGUGACUUAUUUUUAAUCUCUAUAAAUUUUGGCUACAAAGGAAAAAAAAAUUUUUAAAGAUUCUCAGUACAUAUACACAGAAGAAUGUGUCACAUAAAGAAACUAUUUAGAAUAACUUUUUUCUACUUGAUGCAUGUUAUUUUCUUAGGGAAAAUCGCCAAACAGACUUGGCAGUCUAAAAAAGGAAAUCAUUUAACUGGAUGCUGGUGAUCUAAACAGUAUUUUGUAACACAGUCUGUACGACCUGGUGUCAUACUUUACGAUGUAUUGUCCUUUUUAACCUGUACUGAACUGAAAGCACACGGGGGCGUAUGAAGCACUUGUUAGUGAGGGGAAAGAUUAUGAAAUUGAGUCCAUCUUCUGAUUUUUGUAUGUUUCCUCUGAAUUUAUGCGACUGCUGGCAGGGACUGUUUGUUUACAGCCAGUCUGUAGUAGUAUCCGCAGGGCUUAUCAAUACUCAGCAAAACCAAGUUCAAUAAAGAAAAGCCUGUCUGCCCUCA